UAGGAACUUAAAGGUCACCUUCAGUCGCCCAAACGUUGUGCGAGUGUUGUCUUUGACGGUUCGAGAGGUAGCAGCUAGAGUGCUGCAUUUUGUCAGACAGAGAGCGAGAGAGAGAGAGUAAAAGAAAAAGACAGAGAGAGAGCGAAGAGCACGUUUUAUCGUUGCUUCCUUCGCUCGUUGAGCGUAAAUUUCUUCUUUAAAAAAAUUGUCAAUUUUGCGGCUCAAUCAUGGCGGAAGAUUUAUUACAACAAACCAAAUUUAUAAAACCAGGUAGUCAUAAAGGUAAAGGCCUAGCUGUCUUUACCAGUGGUGGUGAUUCGCAAGGUAUGAAUGCUGCAGUAAGGGCAGUUGUAAGAAUGGGCAUAUAUUUGGGUUGCAAAGUUUUCUUUAUCAAAGAAGGUUAUCAAGGUAUGGUUGAUGGUGGAAGUAAUAUAGUAGAAGCAACUUGGUCAUCCGUAUCAUGUAUUAUUCAUAGGGGUGGUACAAUGAUAGGAUCUGCUAGAUGUAAAGAAUUCAGAGAACGUGCUGGUCGUUUAAAAGCAGCUAAAAAUUUAGUAACAAAUGGAAUAUCCAAUUUAGUUGUUAUUGGAGGUGAUGGUUCUCUAACUGGUGCAAAUCUUUUCAAAGAAGAAUGGGCUGACCUUUUAAAAGAACUUGCAGCAACUGGUGAAAUAACACCUGAACAAAGUGAAAAGUACAAAUGGUUACAUAUUGUUGGUAUGGUGGGUUCCAUUGAUAAUGAUUUCUGUGGAACUGAUAUGACUAUUGGAACAGAUUCUGCAUUACAUCGUAUUAUAGAAAGUAUUGAUGCUAUUGUUAGCACAGCUUAUUCUCAUCAACGUACAUUUAUAAUGGAGGUUAUGGGCAGACAUUGUGGGUAUCUGGCCAUUGUGGGUGCUCUAGCUGCAGAGGCAGACUAUGUUUUCUUCCCAGAAUGUCCACCUCCCAUCGACUGGCCUGAAAAAUUAUGUAAAAAAUUGGAACAGGAACGUCUUACUGGGCAACGAUUGAAUAUUAUUAUUGUAGCUGAAGGCGCUGUAGAUAGGAAUGGUGAUCCUAUUACUGCUGCAAAAGUACAUAAAGUUGUUGUUGAUAAAUUACAACAAGAUACCAGGAUUACUGUGUUGGGUCAUGUCCAAAGAGGUGGUAAUCCAUCUGCUUUUGAUAGAGUGUUGGGAUGCCGAAUGGGUGCUGAAGCUGUAAUGGCUUUAAUGGAAGCAACGCCUGAAACAGAAGCUUGCGUUGUUACAUUGGAUGGAAAUCAAGCUGUUAGGUUGCCACUAAUGGAAUGUGUACGUCGUACCAAGGCUGUGGCUAAAGCUAUGGCGGAUAAAAAUUGGGAUCUUGCAGUUCAACUUCGGGGAAAAGGUUUCGCUCGUAACUUGGAAACAUACAAGAUGUUGACUCGAUUGAAAGCACCUGCAGAUUAUGAUGCAAAGGAAAUGAAUGGUCCUACAUUAACAAAGGAUCAUCAUACGGUAGCUGUAAUGCAUAUUGGUUCACCUUCUUGUGGUAUGAAUGCUGCAGUACGUUCUUUUGUACGAAACUGCAUCUAUAGAGGUGAUAAGGUCUAUGGAGUCUGUGAUGGUAUAUUGGGUCUUAUAUCUGGAAAGUUUAAAUUAAUGGAUUGGCCCUCUGUAACAGGAUGGGUAGCACAAGGUGGCGCUUACUUAGGAACAAAACGUACUCCUCCAAGAGAUGAUCAAUUACCUCAAAUAGCACAAAAAUUAAAAGAAUUUGGAAUCCAGGCUUUGCUUAUUAUAGGUGGAUUCGAGGGUUAUCAAACAGGACUUACAUUCUAUAAUGCAAGAGACAAAUUUGAAGAAUUUAGAAUUCCUAUUGCUAUGAUACCUGCUACUAUUAGUAAUAAUGUUCCUGGGACAGAAUUUUCUUUAGGUUGCGAUACUGCCUUAAACGAAAUUACUGAGAUUUGUGACCGCAUUCGUCAAUCAGCACAAGGUACUAAACGUCGCGUAUUUAUCAUAGAGACAAUGGGUGGUUAUUGCGGUUAUUUAGCGACUGUAGCAGGAUUAGCCGGUGGUGCUGAUGCAGCUUAUAUCUUUGAGGAAAAAUUCAAUAUUAGGGAUUUAAAUCAAGAUGUAAUAGCUAUGGCUGCAAAAAUGUCAGAAGGUGUGCAGAGAGGACUUAUUCUUAGAAAUGAAAAUGCUAAUUUAAAUUAUAAUACUGACUUCAUGCAGAGAUUAUUUAGUGAAGAAGGAAAAGGAUUGUUCAGUUGUAGGAUGAAUAUAAUCGGACAUAUGCAACAAGGUGGAUCACCGACUCCUUUUGAUCGUAACUUGGGUACUAAAAUGGGUUCUAAAGCUGUUGAAUGGUUUAGCGAGCAAUUUAAAAAAUAUACUAAUGCGGAAGGACGUCCAGUUACAACGGAUCCAACUAGUGCAGUAAUGUUAGGUAUCGUUAGAAGACAAUAUAGGUUCACACCUUUCACAGAACUCAUGGAAGUUACUGAUUUCGAGCAUCGCAUUCCGACGUAUCAAUGGUGGAUGAAGCUACGACCAUUGCUGAAAGUUUUAGCGAAGCACGAAUCGACAUACGAAGAAGAAGGUCUAUAUAUAACUGUAGAAGAAAUGGAUCUUGGCAAUGAUGCGCCUCUUGUGUAAUUCAUAUACAUCAAUACCUCGUACCUAACUGAAGUUAUAUAUUGGUAAGCCGAAAACGUAACAAAGAAGAAAGAAAAAACCUGAAAAUGUGAAUACUUAAAAUAAACUGCAUAUUGUAAAAAGACACGAGUGGUAAAUAGGUAACUUUAUUUUGUUUUUUGCGUUAUCAUCUUUACACCUUAAGCAUAUAUUAACUCAGGUAACAAAUAGGUACAAAGGCAAUACCUAGAAACAGAAAAUUUAAAUUACUUUAUCAAAUUAAUAAUGAUAUUAAUUAAUGAUAUCUCUCUCUGUUACUCGUGAUUAAUUAAUAAUACAAGAGUGACAAGAUAAUAUCAUUGCGAUAUAUUGGGUAUAUGUAAAAUUAGCUGUGUGUGUAUAUUUACAAGUAAUGCACAUUAUUACAUAUCUAAAAUGCUUAUCUAAAUUAUAUCACUUUUUCUUUAAUAUUAUUUGCGAGAAGCAUUAUUUAUAUAUCUAUAUACGUAUGGUGGAAACAGAAAAUUAAAAUUGUGUGGCACUAAAGAAAAUUUGAGUUAUGGUAAAAUUUUUAACAUAAAUUAAGAAAAAUGUGUAUGUAUUUUGAAAAUAGCGUUUAAAAAUAUCGCAGUUUCAAGAGUUUGAUAUGCGGCUCCGAUUCUCAUAGUGUAAUAUUUUUAUAUAUCUAAUGUUGGACCACUUUUUGGUCAGAUAAAGGAUAUAUUAUAAGAGAUAUAUCUAAGAAAUAUAAUAUGUAUACUAAUUAUUACACUGGCAUUAAUAUUUUUAUUUUCUUAUUAAUAUUUGUCCCAAAUAAACGUAUAUAUAUACAUAUAUUGAUAAAGCAAUCAUUCUGGUAUAUUUACAAUCAAUAGUAAUGCAAUGUUUAUGAACAUAUAAGAUAUUUUUAUUUAUAUGAAUGAAUGAAUUAACGACUUUGAUAUUUUAAUUUAUUUGAGUAUUAUAAAAUAUUACAAUUUGUUUAUGAGCCUUCGAUAUAUUUCAUAUUUUAAUAAAUUACCAAUGGUAAAGCUCAAAAAUCGUAUAUUUAGUAUUUCAUCGAUAUAACAUGUACAACAUGAGUCGAGAAGUAUAUCAGAUUUAGUCUUACUCAACACAAGAUAAAAUGCUAAACUGUGUUUGUGGUUUAUUAAGAAUGUAGAAAUAAGAAAAAUGUUUUGUGCCAAUUUAUGUUGAUAAAUAAAGUUUUACUUUCAGUUUAGCAUUAUUAAAAGCUAUCAAAAGCUAUUUGGAGAAUAUACUUGUCUACCUCAAAACAUAAUUUGCAAUUAAGAAUGACUAUUGGGAAUAAAUUGACCCUGAGUCACACUGAUUGCAUAUAUCAUUAAAACAUUUUGCUAAAAUUUAAGAUUUUGCGAUCAUGAAAGUAUUUAGAUUCUUUUUUCCUAUUAUACUUAUACAUAUACUUGCAAAUGAAUUUGGCAAGUGUGUUGUGAACUCAUAUUUAAUUUUAAAACAUAAUGUAGUCUUCUUCGUGUCUUGUCAAAUUAUGAAAUCGUGUAUUAACAUUACAAUACUACUAAAAGUAAUGUUGUUUCUGAUUUCACUCGUGUUUCUAAAUUCGUCUAAAAAUAUUAAAUAUUGUUAAAUCUAUGUAAUAAUAUAAUGUGUGUAAUUGUGAAAUGUUAACGAAAUGGGAAAUGUUCAGAACAGUAUAGUGCAAGAACUCAUUAAAUGUUAUUAAUAUAAAAAAA